AUGGACGAGUUACGACUAGCAGCAAGUUUUCGGGAAAGAGGCUGCGCAGAUCUUGCCCACUAUGUCAUCGAGGGUAGAAAAUAUCAGAGAUUUUUCUUUGCUCUUGGCACUGAGAGCUCUUUUCUAAGCACAAAGGAACUUAUUGAUUUGUUCAAGGGGCUUUGGCGGGCCUUUAGCUUUGAAGACGAGGAGUGGGAGUCUUGGAAGAGAAAGGCCCUCGAAAAUUGGAAAGAUGACGGCUCACUACUUAGACUGCUAGAGCUAUAA